AUGUCUGGUAAAAUUGCAAAUUAUCUGUCUCUAUUAGCUAAGUAUUUAGGUAGAGUAAAGUUUCAGCAUGAAACUGUCUUUCAUUCUAAGAAUAAGGAAGAAGAAAACAAAGAUGAAGCUGACAAAAUAAAAACCAACAGUAGCGGCACUAAAACAUAUCAACAAUCUUUACCUCAUGUUCUUUCUAAUUAUGGUUUAGACAAUAAUAGACAGAAGAAGAAAAAGUCAGCCAAAGUAAGAAAAGAAAGAAGAACUAAAAGAAGAACAGAAUUUUUAGAAGAUGAAGAAAGAGAUAAAGAAAGAGAAAAAUUAAAAGAAGAGAAAUAUCUCUCUGUGGUCGAUGAUCUACAUAAAUUAAAGAAUUAUUAUUAUCGAGAAUACAGAGAUCUGUUAACAGAGAAGAUCAUUCGACAGAGAUUGGAAAUUAAAGACAAAUCAGAAGCCAUGUUAGCUUCAGCAAGACAAAAGGAACAGGAAGAGAGAGAAGCCAAUAAAUCCAAGGCUAGGAUGACCAAACAUAAACUGGUACACAAUGAAGAUUUCCUUAAAAAUGUUGAAAUAACAGAAACAGCAAGGAUUGUUAAUCUACAGACUAAACUACAAAAAGAAGGUAAACUGAAGAGUCAAUCUGAUAUAGAUGAAUUUUGGAGAAAUAUCAAAAAUCCAAAUGCAAAUGAGAAAUAUUUUGAUAAAAAUAGAGGUGAAACACCAGACUCAGUAUUUGGUGGAAAAAUUGCGACAGCUAAUAGACCAUUGAGUCAAAUAAAUGAAUCUUCAGAAUCAUCUCGUCCUACUACCAGGGGAGAGAACUGGGCUGUAACACAACAAUAUAAACAUCAACAUAAGGGUCCUGGAAAUCGUCAAAAAAAUAAUUCCUCUGCAGCCAAACAAGCUAUGGACAAAAGAUUUGCUUCUGUUGAUAUGCCACCAUUACAUUGUUUCACUAUGGAUUUAAGUGAGAAACCUCCAGAUCCAGAAAUGAUCAAUAAAAGAGUACAAUUAAAGGCAAUUGAAAAACAAAGAAAGAAAUUUAUGGGCAAACUUCAUAAGAUGCAUCAACUAGCAAUGGCUAAUAAUGCUUUAGCUUCCAGAUUCUCAGUGGUUCAAUCUCUCAAUCCACCUCAGAUCCUCAGUGGUCAAACUGCUCAAUCCACCUCAGAUCCUUAG